AAUAAAAAUGGCUUCGUCUGAUACAACCUCAUCAAAAACCGAUAAAAAGCAUAAAAACAGACACGUACGUGGUAGAGGAUCCUUACCCUCGAAGAAGAAGAAAAAGAAGAACAUUUUUUCUUCUGGAUCCUCCCGCUCAGAAACUUUGGUUUCGACCCUGGAUGAAAAUAUUGAAAAAUUACAAAACCGUGAAAUUGAGUCCAAUUCUAUGCUACACAACGAGGAAAUCGUAUCAAAUCAAUAUAUUUCCUCAAGGGAAAUGCCAGCUGAAAGUCAUGUUUCUGUUUGCGAUGCACACACUUCAAACUUCAACGAACAAAGUGUUCCACCCGUUCAAGCAACUUUUGCGCAAUUAGAAAAUCGACCAGUUUAACUUGUCUGCUCGGUUUACAUUUGUCAACAUGGAGAUCAAACUACACAACGAAGGCUGUAUUAUGACAACGGACAACAAUUUCAUUGCCAUAGUGAAACUAGAACAUCCCGAACAACUUGACGAGUGCAGCGAUUUUGAACAAGCAAAAAAAGUGCUCAUCAACCAACUGAGAAUCACGAAAAUCAUCCGAGAUGAUUUGAUGGUGCUUCGGAACAACUUACGGACAAGGAUAGUUCCAGCCAUUGCAAAUUCCAUACGAAAUUCUGCAAUCAAUCAAACACAUGCCAACAAUUACAUACAACUAGUAAAGAUAACAAAUAUGUUGAAAAGUAGUGAAAAGCUAAACUAUCGCUCUUUAUGUAGAGAAAUUUGUAUGAAUAAGACGAUUUCCGACAACAUGAAAACAUUUAGCAAAGAACUUUUACAGCUGGAAGAGACAACAAUUAAACGAGAAAAGUGGUUCACCAUUUUCGGGGUUCAAAUAGAAGACAAAGCAUCAGAUUUAAGUAAAAUAAUUGACGAAUUGUUACCACAAAGCUUUGAGCGUUUCCGAAACACAAUGGUGGAAAGUGCCCCAGAAUGUUUGCAAAACUUCUUAAGAAGCGCAUGUGAAAAACGCAUUGCACUAAUCAGCGGUGAAGAUAUAAAGCUAUUCAUGAAUAUGUGUACUUUUUUGAAUAAGGACAUUUUUGAAAAACCUUUGAAGGAUUUGACUAUUUGUUGGAUAAAUUUGGUGAAUUCGAUAAAGAUUAACGAAACUAAAGAAGUUGUUCGAUUCACGCAACCAAUUUAUUUUUUCUUAUGUAAAAGCUUAGAAGAAGUUAUCAUUGAAAUAUCUAACAAGACUGGUAUUGAGAAAAGUAAACUGCUAAUAAGUGACAACAAUGGUUGGUAUGCUAACAAAACUAUCACUUGGAAACAAGACAACUCUUUGAGUAGAUGCCUAGAACAUGAAUACAAUUUCAUUUUCAAGCUGCUCAAACAUUUUGAAUUAACAAACCGCGCAAUUCGCCCAUUCAACUACAGCGUAGUGCUGCUAAAUAGACAAAAAACAUCAGCGUAUGGAAACUUCAUUGAGAGCGCCAAGAGGAUGUUCUUCAACAAGUCCAAGAAUCAUCUUGAGGUCUCCGAUGAUGUUUACAUCUGGUAUUGUAUGCUGGACGAAGUUUUAUCAAAUGUAUUGCCCUUUGCGUCAUUAAAACACGGAGGCGAGCUUGACCUGUUUAGAAACAUUUUGCAAAACUAUACGAAACUUGUUCGAGAAGCAGGCCAUGAUCAGCUGGAAACGGUUCGCGUGAUUAGCCAUUCUUUAGGACGAUUCAUCGUCCAAGCAAUUCAGCUUUUAAAACAAGAUGGAAACUCAGACAUUGAGCAACGAGUGCUCCGCGGCCAACUAGAUGUCAACAGCCGGGUUGGGUUUAAAUCUUCAAAUUACUUCCGAGAUUUUAUUAACGUUUUCAGUGACUAUUGGCGGUGUAGGAAUGAGGUUAUAGCUCUGCUGCCGUCAAAGAUGAAUUUGCCUGAAAUGGAUAUAAUUUGUAACAAAUUGGUGGAAAUAAUAGCAGUAGCUCUUGGGAAGAAGGUUGAUGCAGGUGAAAUGGUUAAUUUUUUUCGUGUGUUUAAUGACUUUAUUAUUGAUUCGGGAGAGGUUCAAUUUGAUUGGUUCAUAAAAAAAGAAACUGUUCAAAAGAAUAACGUUGACUCGUCCGUUUUAAGCAUGAUCGAUAAUAAGUGGAAAAACUCGGACAAUGCAACUUAUCGUGUAAUCAAAAUUGAAGAAUUUCUCAAUUUUUUCGAUUCUCCGCCAAACCACUACGUUAUUGAUAUCAUUGACAAAUUGCUUUCUACUAUAAUGAUUCAGAUGAAUAGAAAAGAUUGGGGCCCAAAUCAAGAUCUCUCAGAAACAGACCAAGUGGCAACAACCAGUAGUCUAAUCUCUGCCAUAAGAAGCACAUUGAUUUACCUUGAUGAACAACCCGACUACGUUUCAUUUGAUCGUUUCUUAGAAGAAAGAGUUAAUCCAUUCGUAAGCGUGGUGGAAAAUAGUACAAAUUACAGUGAGUUUUUCAGUCGUAUCAGUUUGAUCAAAGAAUCUUUUUGGUACAUUCGAAAGCAAAAUGAGAUGAGUAUCGAUUAUGCGUUGGAAAUGUUCGACAAUCUGAAUGAAAAUGUUGAUAAAAACCUUUUGCAAAAAUCUUACGAUAUAUAUUGUGAUCGUUUCGACAAAAUUAUGAAGAUAACAAUGGGAAAGCAACACACCGAAAAAAUUUCAUUCAUUAUUCAAAAAAAUCUAAAAUCUGUACAGCAAAUUCACUUUAAGCUUUGGAGUCAACGGUUUAAACAACAUACUUUGCCAAUUAUUUUGGCAGAGCUUGCUGCCAUUUGGUCUAUCCAGGUGUCUAAAGAUGUGUCCAGUACAGUAGGCUUCUUUAAGCCCCACUGUAUUCAAGUGCUGUGUGUACUGAGAAUGUUAAGUGCCGAUCAGAUUAAAGAAGGAGUAGAAAAACAUUUUGCACAAGUUUUGACGGGACAAGGCAAAUCACUUGUUUUAGCACUAACAGCAACAAUUCUAGCUCUUACCGGUCAUAAAGUUGACUUGGUAUGUUACAAUACAUAUUUAGUCCAGAAAGAUGAGACGGAAUUUGAUCAUUUUUUCAAAGCUUUAAAAGUGAAUGAAAAUAUUGAAUACAAAACAUUUGAGUGUAUGGCAAAUACAUUGAUAACAUCAGACAUCAAUGGCGAGCGCGUUGGCCUUAGAGAUUUGGUCAAUAAUAUGAUAUUAGAUAAACCACAAUCCCCUUUUAUGACAAAAGAUAAUUGUACAGAAGACUCAGUUUUGUUAAUCGACGAAGCAGAUGUAUUUUUUACAGAAGCUUUUUAUGGAAAAAGUUAUAUGCCUGCUGUUUGUCCAGUUAUUCCUGGAUUAGCCACGAUUCAAGAGUACAUUUGGAACUUGAUAAAUAAUAAUGUUUCUUUAGCUGAUGUCCAAAGACGUACUCAAGAAUUCAUUGAAACAGAUGCUUUUGAGUAUCGUGCAGAGUUCAACCAAUUUAGAACUGACAAAAUGAAGGAACUUCUAGAAACGAUUGAUGGUAAUUUAAUAAGAAAAACGUAUACAAAUAAAACACUGCUAAAUAAGCACUUACAAAGAAUGAUAACAUGUGCUUGGGAAGUCAAACAUUCAGCAUCAGUCUGGUCAAUGUUUAAGCUGAAUGACAAUAAAACAAUAUGUAUGAUGGAUGAAACGGGCGAGUUUAAGCAUAACUAUAAAUGGGAUUAUUAUUUAGUUUUUAACUACAUGAGAUUAAAGGAAACCAAUUUUGUUGCCGAAAUUGAAGACGUGCAAAAUUUUGGGUAUUUAAACAUAGAAUGCGGUGCAAUUUCAUACGCACUGUUGCCUUUGAACUAUCCUCUGAUAUUGGGAGUUUCUGGUACACUAACUGAUCUUAAUUUUCAUGAAAAAUUUGCAAUCGAAAAUCUCUAUAAAAUUAAACAAUCAUCUGUUAUGCCUUCAUUUUUCGGUUGUUCAAACUUGUGUUUCAACGAAGAAGAGGAUUUCCAUUGCUCAUACGCUGUAGAUGAAUGGCUGAACCAAGUUUACCGGCAUACGUACACAAAAAUAGCAAAAAAUCGUGCCGUUAUCAUCUUCUUUGAAGAUGAUGAAAAGUUGGAAAAGUUUCGUAAAGAAUAUUCAGCGCAAUUUGAUCGCGUGAAUGUCUUAACCGUCAAUACUAAAGGGACCGAGCGUGAUCAGUUUAUUAACGAAGCAGGCGUUGCCAAGACGGUCACAUUGGCUACUCGUCGAAUGGGCCGUGGAGUGGACUUUAAGUCCAGCGUAACGGUGGAGAAAAAUGGCGGCGUACACGUCAUUCAGACGUUUCUCUCAUCGGAUGUAAAAGAGGAGAUUCAAAUUAAAGGCCGAACCGCCAGAAAAGAUAACAAGGGAAGUUACGAAUUGAUUGUUUGCGAAUGUGAUUUACCGGUGAUGGAGGCUGAAACACCACUGUUUUUAAACUACACUUAUAAAAUCCUCGACAAUGAUAGGAAAAAUAAGUCUUUAAAAACAAAUGAAAAAUUAUCUGCUGAAAUUAAACAGGCACAGAAAGAUCAUGAGCUAACAAUGGAGUAUAUGAAAUCUUUUAGCAAGGAAAAGUGAGUUUUUAACUGAAAAUUAAGUUGUCUGAG